UGAUAAAUCUGAUAGCACAGAACAAAAUAUCUGUAAAAUCUGUGCAGCAAUUAGAGUGAAUCCAAUGCUUAGCAGUUGCAAAUGGCUUCCUCCACUAGCUCACAACCUCAAAUCCCUAAUCAGACCAAUCCACCAAAAACACCCCCAAAUUCCCAAUCCAGACUUCAAUCUCACCGCUUACAUGGCCGACAAGAUAACCGCCGUUAACGCCGCCCUAGCCGCCGCCCUCCCGCCGCGCCACCCGUCCAAGCUCCACGACGCAAUGCGCUACUCCCUCCUCUCCGGCGGCAAACGCAUCUGCCCGAUCGUCUGCCUCGCCGCCUGCCGCCUCGUCGGCGGCGACGAGGCUGCCGCGAUGCCCUCCGCCUGCGCGCUCGAGAUGAUCCACGCCAUGUCUCUCAUCCACGACGACCUCCCCUCCAUGGACGACGCCGACCUCCGCCGCGGCCGCGCCUCCUGCCACAUCGCCUUCGGCGAGCGCGCCGCCGUCCUCGCCGGCACCGCGCUCCUCGCCCGCGCCUUCGAGCACAUCGCCGCCGCGACGGCAGGAGUUCCGGCGAGCAGAGUCCUCCGCGUCGUCGGCGAGGUGGCGGCGCUGAUCGGCGCGGACGGCGUGGCGGCAGGCCAGGUCGUAGAUCUGCGCGGCGGCGGCGGAGAUGGCGUCGGAUUGGAGGUGCUGGAGUACAUCCACGUGCAUAAGACGGCGGCGGCGGUGGAGGCGGCGGCGGUGGCGGGGGCGGUGAUCGGCGGCGGGGGCGAGGAGGAGAUCGGGAAGGUGAGGGUGUACGCUCGGCGGGCGGGGCUGAUGUUUCAGGUGGUGGAUGAUGUGCUGGAUGUGACGAAGACGACGGAGGAGCUGGGGAAGACGGCAGGGAAGGAUGCGGCCGCGGGUAAGGCGACGUAUCCGAAGCUGAUCGGAGUGGAGAAGUCGAGGGAGCUGGCGGAGAAGUUGAAGAGGGAGGCGGGAGAGCAGCUUGUUGGAUUUGAAUCGGGGAGAGCGGCGCCGUUGAUGGCGUUGCUUGAUUUUAUUGCUUAUAGAGAUAAAUGAUUUUGGUAGACAUGUUUGUAUUAGACCAUGGCGGAUGCUUUUUGGUGGACAAUUGUUUUUUUA